UUGUACCCAAAACGCCUCUAACAAUGGCAUGUGACGAGAAGAAAUUAUGGGGUGGGAGAUUCUGCAAAGCAACCAACGAGGAAUUGGUGAAGCUCAAUAAAUCCUUGGAUGUGGAUCGUCGGUUAUUUGCGGAGGACAUUGAGGGUAGUUGUGCUUAUGCGAAAGCUCUCUUCGACCGUGGAAUCUACACGAAGGGGGAGCUUGAGAAGACUCUAAAGGGGCUCCAGCAAGUUCUUGAGGAGUGGAAAACGGGCAAGAUCACCUUCCAGGAGAGUGAUGAAGAUGUCCACACGGUGAAUGAGAGACGACUGACGGAAUUGAUUGGGGAAAUUGGUGGGAAACUCCAUACAGGGCGCAGCAGAAAUGAUCAGGUGGUCACAGACAUGAGACUGUGGCUGAAGAAAGCAAUCCAGGAGCUACAGUGUAUCCUUGUUGAGGUUUUAAGGACAAUCCUGCAGCGAUCAAGGGAGAAGAUUGAUGUUCUAAUGCCAGGAUAUACGCAUCUUCAGCGUGCUCAGGCUGUUCGAUUCAGCCAUUGGCUUCUUAGCUAUGGAUUUAUGCUGAAGAAUGAUUUAGAGCGCUUUCAGGAUGUGCUGAAGAGGGUUGACACCUUGCCCCUUGGAAGUGGAGCAAUUGCAGGAAACCCCCUGGGGGUUGAUCGGCACGCCCUAGCCAGGAAUCUCUCCUUCUCUUCCGUUAUUCCCAACAGUAUGACUGCCGUUGGUGACAGAGAUUUUAUUACGGAAUUCACAUUUGUCUCCUCAAUGUGUGCUGUUCAUCUUAGCCGUUUAGCUGAAGACCUCAUCAUCUACUCAACUCGUGAAUUUGGCUUUGUUAGCAUCUCUGAGGAAUUCUCAACCGGAAGUAGUUUAAUGCCACAGAAACGCAAUCCCGACAGUCUCGAACUAAUCCGCGGAAUUUCCGGACAAAUCUUUGGGAAUCACGCGGGUUUUAUGAUGACCCUCAAGGGUCUUCCUUCGACCUACAACAAGGAUUUGCAGAGUGAUAAAACAUCCAUGUUCUCCACCUUCGACAACCUCUUUCUGGCCCUCAAAGUAACUCAAGGAGUUCUUGCAACCCUUGAUGUCAAUGAAGAGCAAUGUCAAGCAGCUCUUAGCUAUGAAACUCUAGCCACGGAUGUUGCCUAUUACUUAGUCCGCAAAGGCAUUCCCUUCCGUGUAGCUCAUCAUGCUUCGGGGGAAGUUGUGGCUUAUGCUGAAAAAGAAAAUAUUCCCCUAAAAGACGUCCCUCUGGCUGUGUUCAAGAAAAUUAAUCCAGCCUUUGGUGAAGACGUGGCGAAGAUUUGGAACUUUGAGAAUAGCGUUGAACAGUACUCAUCCUUCGGUGGAACCUCCAGGCAAUCCGUUGAAGCACAAUUGACCAACCUUGAGGAUUUUAUUGCAGAGACCACCUUCAAAAGUCAAUGAUUUGCUAUUAAAAGUGGUUUAAUGAUCAAUUAGGAAUUCCACGUUGAAAUGCACAAAAUAAUAAAAAAAAACACAAAAGGCAAUAAAAAUGAAUAAAAUAUACAAAAAAAA